AGAAUACGUUGUCCCUCUAAUUUGGAAGCAGCAAACACCUGUGCCUUCUAUUUUAAGUGGCUGUACAGAAAACAUAAAACGCAACGAUCCCACAACAGCCAGCAGUUAUGAUCAACAUGAAAACAUCAAGAAGAUUGGCCCAACCAGUUUAAAAGAAAAUUGUGGUGUUCCAGUUGUUCAAAUGACUGAUGAUGAGGAUGAUCACCCAGCUUUUCUGCUUAAAAGUGAUCCGGAAAGUGGAGACGACUUUGUACCACCUAAAAAAAAAGAGGUGCUUACAAAAAAAAAGCACUUCAAAUGUCCUUACUGUGAUUCCAUGUUCACGAGAAAAUUCACGCUUAAACGCCACACUCAAAAAGAGCAUACAAACGAACAAUCUGAUGGUAACUGCCAUUGUCAUGACUGUGGAUUUAAAUGUCACAAGAUAGCAGAAUUGCGAAAACACUUGGCAAGGACACACAAUAUUCUUUUCAGAUCUGAACAAAUUUUGUUGGAAAACAUGAACGAAUUUCUGGACUGGAAAGACAAAGUGGAAGAAAAAGAGAUUUGCUCGUUCACAAAGAAGACCGGGACCAAAGGAAAUGUGCAAUAUUAUCAGUGCAACCGAGGAGGAUUUUACACCCCCAGUGGUACUGGAAAAAGGCGAACUAAAUCACAAGGAAGCUGCAAGAUACAAAAAAACUGUACAUCGACGAUUAGGGCUGAAAUUACCACCGAAGGAAAAGUGAAAGCUGACAUCUGCUAUACGCACUACGGGCACGAGAGGGAUCUACAACAUACUUGGAUAACCAAAAGUAAACGGCAAAAAAUUGCGUCUUUGUUGAAACAAGGAGUCUCACGUGACAGAAUACUAAAUGACAUUCGAGAGGAAGCCAUGCAGCAGGAAUCAGAAUUUACGCGGUACCACCUAACUGCAAAAAAGGAUCUUGCGAAUAUCAUGUCAUCUUUUGGUGUCAGCGAAGUACAAAGGCAUCCCGAUGAUCAGGAGAGCGUUAGAGCGUGGAUCGAACAGUGGAAAAUGAGCGAAAGUAACCCAGUACUUUUCCAUAAGUUUCAGGGUGAGUCUGCUCCAGACGGGUUUGACUUGACAAAAGACGACUUCAUGGUUAUCAUACAGAGUCCGUUCCAGAAAGAGAUGGCCCAAAAGUUUUCCAGUAAAGGCAUCUGUGUUGACGCGACGCACGGAACUACUGGAUACGACUUCCUCCUAACAUCGCUUGUGGUGAUUGAUGAGUAUGGAGAGGGAUUUCCUAUUGCCUGGUGUCUUUCAAACCACGAAGACUUCACCCAUAUGUGUAUCUUCUAUGAAAUGAUAAAGCGAAAUUGCGGAGUCCUGACGCCAAGGUGGAUUAUGUCCGAUUUAGCAAGCCAGUUCUACAAUGCUUGGUUAGGUGUAAUGGGUGGCAAGCCACUACGUCUUUUCUGCACCUGGCACGUGGAUAAAGCAUGGCAGACAGAGCUGCGAGCUAAAGUGAAGGAUACAGGUACAUCUUGA